CCGUCAGUGCAGAACGAGCCGUGCCCUGACUGCGGAACUGACCUCAUCUUUUAACUACAAUCAACCUUGAGAGGGACGUCACAGCGCAGCGAUGACUCUCGUGGCAGAGGCCUUUGUGUCGCAGAUGGCAGCUGCCGAGCCGUGGCCUGAGUCUGCCACCUUGUACCAGCCGCUGAAGGAGGAUCAGAUUCUGCUGUCCGACUGUGCCUCAUCUCUCGCCGUUCAGGCCUACCUGAGGAUGUGCGGUCUGCCGGUGCAGGUGGUCUGCAGAGCAAAUGCAGAAUACAUGUCACCCUCUGGUAAGAUUCCCUUCAUCCACGUGGGGAACCAGGUGGUGUCGGAGCUCGGGCCGAUCGUGCAGUUCACUAAAGCCAAGGGUAAUUCUCUGAGCGACGGCUUGGACGAUGUUCAGAGGGCUGAAAUGAAAGCGUACAUGGAGCUGGUCAACAACAUGCUGCUUACUGCUGAGUUGUACAUCCAGUGGUGUGACGACGCCACGGCUGCAGAGAUCUCGCGCCCCCGGUACAGCAGCCCGUACUCGUGGCCGCUCAGCAACAUCCUGGCCUAUCAGAAGCAGUGGGAGGUUCGCAGGAAGAUGAACGCCGUCGGCUGGGGAGGGAAAACCCUGGAGCAGGUUUAUGAGGAUGUGAAUCAGUGCUGCCAGGCUCUCUCCCAGCGGCUGGGAACACAGCCGUACUUCUUCAACAAACAGCCCACGGAGCUGGACGCGCUGGUGUUCGGCCACCUCUUCACCAUCCUGACCACCAGGCUGACCAGCACGGAGCUGGCGGAGCGGAUCAAGAGCUACAGCAACCUGCUGUCCUUCUGCCGGCGCGUGGAGCAGACCUACUUCGAGGACAAGAGCUCCUGAAGGGGAACCGGACCGCUCACCACCUGUGUUGUCAUCUGGUCCUGCUCUCAUUCCCUCGCUGUAGCACUGAGAAGCUCAAACCGGCUUCUGCUCCCAUUCGUGAUUCUGAUGGAACAGAUGAGAAUUAAAUAUAUAUUAAAGUUCCUUAAAAUCACAGGAAAGCUCCUUCACACACCUCUUUUGCUACUGGAAGCCUCCAAACCAGUUUCACAUGUUAUGUGCAUUAAAUCCAAAACUCUUCUGGAGAAGCUUCGACUUCAUGACUAUAUUGUUGUUUGCCGUUAAGAGUCUGAGAUAUAGAAUUCAUUUUGCUUUUCCUGUGUAAAAAAAAGUGAGCAAGUUAACUUAAGGAUUUGACUUCAUCCUUCAUUUUUCCACUAGUUUCUUUCUUUCUUUUGAAGUGCCUACAAAAUAAAAGACUUUAAAUUCAA